GAAAUCGAAGAUCGAAAUGGAAGCCGCAGACGCCGAGGAAUUGACAGCUGAAUCGCCCGUCCGACACAUGAGUACGGUGUCUCGGCAUCAUUUCGGGAACUCCAGAGAAACCACAGAUGCCUUCUCCAUUACCAUCAUCGAGAGUAUGAAAGAAGAUUAUGGGUUGUUCGUCUGGCCUUGUAGUAUUGUUCUAGCUGAGUACGUUUGGCAACAAAGAUCUCGCUUUUCCGGAGAAAAUGUAGUCGAGAUUGGAGCUGGAACUUCAUUGCCCGGAUUGGUCGCCGCGAAAGUGGGUGCAAAUGUAACAUUAACUGAUGAUAUGAAUAGACUCGAGGUAGUGAUUGCUAGUAAUAGUGGUUAGCAUGUAUUUCAGAUUCUUGCUUGAACUAUGGUGUUAUUGUGUUAUUCUUUGUAACUGUUAACUAAUCUAAGUUCCCAAUCAGGUGGCCUGUAAUGUCUUGUACAAACUUGUGACUUCUAUAUGCCAUUUUGUGGGCCUUUCUUUCAUCAAAUGUUGAAACUGCGAAUGAAUUGGUUGAUAAUAUAUGUUUCUCAGGGGAUAUAUUUACAUCACGAGACUUUACAUUUAAGAAAUAGCUAAAAAAGAGAUUCUAUUUACUUUUAAAUGCUAGUUGAUACCUCAAAUGGUCCAAGCUGGGUGCAAUGCCUAGUUUUUGUGCAAAGUUAUAAGUUCCAAUCUACUGACUUUGUUUUACAACGAGAUCCACCUUUUUGUGACGUUCUUUCCCUUUGAGACACCAAAGAGAACUCCCACACAAGGCGCAAUUUUUCCGGUUUGUCUGCCAAAACUCUGACAGCUUGCUUCAGCUCUACAUUGUUGUUGAGGACGUUCUCUAGCUAAAUUGAAGUUUUAAGUUUAGUUUCCCUGUAGAAGCAGGUGUCUAUUUACCUAUACGGACAACCACGGAUAUGAUUUCUUUAUCUUAACAUAGGGGCUAGGUCAGGUGAUUCAGUAUAGUAAAUCCACUAUUUGAUUUGAUUAUAAGUGAGUGGCAUACUCAACCAGUAAUUAAGCUUGGAGUAGAAGUAGAUUAGUACUUCAUUAAAUGAAUCCUUCUAAAACUAUGAUAUUUUUUUUCUUUGUAUGUGCAAAAACUGUUCUUAGGAAUAUAUACUGGACAUGUAGCCCCAUUCUAGCCAUAUCAUUCAUGCAUUGCUUGAACUAUAGUCGCCAAAAGUUUAGAGCCGAAGUUUAUGACACAAUUUCAAAAUAUGAUCCACUAGAAAGAAUAGGCAUGACAUAGAUGUACUAAUGAGUUGGGUUGUGUGUGUGUGUUUUUUUUUUUUUUGGGGGGGGGGGUGGACUUCUUUAGCUCCAAAAAAUUGAUGUACUU